AUGCUACAGUCGCCUGCGUAUCCUUCUCCAGCUCAAAGCGAUACGGAACCAGCAAGAUAUCCAGUUGAUGGACUAGGGCUGUAUCAAUAUUCUCAGGCGUUCCCUACGUCCGCAGACAGACUUAUGUUCUCGUCCUCACGACCCAGCCAGGACUGGAAUAGCACGUCCUCAAUGCCCUCGGCGCCUAUCGUCAACCCAUGGACUUCUGGAGCAUACGAUCAUCCAGUGUGCCCCGACAACAGAUCGAGCAUGCUGUGGCCCGAAUACCACUCAUCCCAUCGAUCGUCCACAUCAUCACAUCGGGAGAUGUCUGUAUUCUCAGGUGAUGGCUCAGAGCACAGCUUCCCUGCCAUCAAAAUGGAGAGCAGUGCACCUUGGGCUGCCGACAAUGAAUUCUCCGCCACAGUUGCACCGGAGCGGCUGACCAACGCUACACCAUACGAAGGGGCAUAUGGGUCCCCAAUGUCUCCCUACGAGAGUGACAGCACAUCUGGACCCUCCUACAAGGCCGAGUUUACAGGGCAACUUUCCCCUGACAGCAGACGCCCCAGAUCUUCGCAAAGCGACAGUAAGAUCUCUCCUGCUCGUCGUAAGCAUUCUCGUCGAACCAAGGUCCCUGAUGCAGAGGCAAAAUUCAGAUGUGAGAUCUGUGGCUGCGGUUUCGUCCGCGCAUACAACAAGAAGACUCACAUGUUGCGCCAUGAUCCUAAUCGUCAAAGAGAUCACCGUUGCACCUACGAUGAUUGCGACAACAAGUUCGAGAGGAAGACAGAUCUUCAACGCCACAUCAACAGCGUUCACUUGCACGAGAAGCCUCAUCAAUGUGAGCUAUGUGGCAAGCGAUUUGCGCGCAAAGAUACACUCAACAGACAUGAUGUCCAGGGUGGCUGUCCGAGACGCAACGAAAUUGACGUGCCCACCUUGAUUGCACGGAGCCGGUCAAUGCAAUCCAGUCCCGCUCUCCCGCAGUCCUAUCUACCCUCGCCGCAGCCGGAAAUGUACACUGGCUUCCACCCAGCCGAGCAGGGCCUUUUCGGCUCAAGACAUCAACAGGGUGCCGAUGGAGGCGUGUUUGAAGCCCGCUAUUCGCGGUUCUCAAACGCAGACUUUGGCCACAGCCCCCAUGGGCUUUGA